AUGGAUUUGUUCACAUUCGAACUUGUUCAACAAUUUGAAGAACUUAAAGCAAAACUUGACCAGUGGCAGAACACAACAAAAAACGUAACGCAGCGUGGAUCCGCGAAUCCACUAAACUACAAAAAUGCGCUAGGCCAUGGAAUGACAAGAAGAAUGCCGCUUCUGCCGGAUCCGCUAAUACAGCUCCACCACUCAGGGGCUCAAUUCAGAUACAGACCACUACACCCCAUUAUCCCAGUCAACAACCACAACAAGAGCAACAAUGCGAGAAGUAACACUAACAACAACACGAGAACCAUACAUCAUCGAAUUGACAACAAGAAGUUUCAACAAAUAAAAGCAACCGCGAGACUCAUCUACAAGAAAACACAACUCACCCACCACAUAGACAACUGGAAAGAGAAUAGGGCGAAAAUCCUCAAAACAACCAUUAACAAUCUAAAAGACAACAUCAACCCACCCAACAAAAACAACACAUUCAACCAAUCAAUAUCAAUCAUCCUUGACAACACAUACGAGACUAUCAAAAGCACUAUCAUCAACCAUCUCAACAACAAACUAUCCAACUACCACACCAUUCACUACAAAAACAUAGACCUAAUAGACGACACAAAACCAAUCAAGGAUCACAUCAGGUUCCUCCAGGGAAAAAAAAAUUUUCAUCACCACAAAAACAAUAUAGACAACAUCAUCAAAAACGAAAUCGAAAUUAUCAAAACGGUCAUCUUCAACAACAACAAUAACAACAACGACGACAAUACGAAAAACAACACAAAUAAUAAAAACUCCAACAUCACAAGCACGACCAAUGACAACCACAAUCACAACAACAACAUCAACAACAUGAUCAACAACAACAAUGAGUACAAUAAUAAUAACAAUAAUAAUCAACAAUCUAUCAUCAUCACUACAGCCCAACAGCAAACGAACAAAAAACGCCACCCUAAAAAAACAUACGACGUUAAAGAAGAAGAAGACGAACAAACCAUCUGCAACACCUUCAUCAACGAAAUUUUCACCAACUAUAACGACCCAACAAACAGAAACACCUACAACAAUAAUGACACAACAAAAUCAGAUAACAACAUCACCGAUGAUAAUAGCAACAACAACAACAAAAUCAACAAUAACAACAUUUACAAUUACAAUGACACAACAAAAUCAGAUAACAACAUCACAAAUGAGGUGAUGAACAGCCAAGACACCAAUAGUAGGAACAACAACAACAACGACCAGUACAACAACAACCACAACAACAACCACAACAACAAUAAUAACAACAACAACACUCACCGAGCCAAGAACAAAAACAACAAUGACAAAUUCAUAAUCGUUCGACCAUGGAACGGACGACAACCACCAACCAACCAGUACCAUCUAUUUCAACAUCAACUCGGAAGCAUGAUGAUAUGCUCAAUCGUAUUGAGGCUGUACUAA